AUGUCGACACAAAAUCUCAGACUUCCAUUGGUAACAGAAGAUGAUUUGCAUCAUUUUCACCAAAAGCACUUUUCCGGCUCAAGCUCUGGAUCCUCCAACAGGAGCCAUGAUGCUGGCGCAAGUUUCGAGGAGAACACUACGGACGAUGAUGAUCUUGGGUAUUACCAUGAUGGCGUCAAACGCACGCUCACGGACGAUCAGAUCGCCAUGUUCAGGCACAGUGAGAUACAGACUCUGCUACGAGAACGAAGAAGAAGGCGAGAGAAUACGGAAAGCGAAUCCAAUCACGAUACACCGAGUGGAUCAACCAAAACUGUAGGUUGUCUCGAUGUAAACACUGUCGGCGAUGGUGACAGGCAGCGAUCCGCGAGCACCUCCGAGUCUCAGGGCUUGGGAAAGAGAAAAUGGCAAAGGUUCAUUGAGAGCUCUGAGACGAAUCCAGAGCACUUGACUCAUCGCAGAAUUGCCCGCGAGUUGGACGAACAGAAGGCAAGUUCAAUCGACCUAAUGUACGGCGAUGAAGAGUCUACGAAUGCGGCCGCUCCAAGGUAUUCCAAGACGAAUCCUAGCACUCAGGACCAUGGAAAGCAAGCUCAACGCGAUAACAUAGAUGAGCCCAGUUCUGUACAGACACCUUUAGAAGAACCUCGGAAGUCCAAGUUCCUUUGGCCAACACUGGAAGCAGAGGCCAAGGCGCGUGGGUAA